AUGGGUGCUAAUUUUUCCUCAUGUGUAUGUGAUGAUGGGGGUUCUAGUUCUAUGAGGCCAAGGCUUGGGGAUAUACCUGAGAGUUGUGUGGCAUUGGUGUUGAUGUAUUUGGAUCCACCAGAUAUAUGUAAGCUAGCACGAUUGAAUAGGGCGUUUCGCGAUGCUUCUUUUGCUGAUUUUGUUUGGGAAUCGAAGUUGCCUUUGAAUUAUAAGUUCAUCAUGGGAAAAGCUUUGGAGGAGGAAGAUGAUACUAGUUCUGUUGCUGAAUUGGGGAAGAGGGAUAUUUAUGCUAGACUUUGCAAGCAUAACUUGUUUGACAAUGGAACCAAGGAAAUUUGGCUGGAUAAGAGAACUGGUGGAGUUUGUUUGGCAAUUUCUUCCAAAGCGUUAAGGAUUACGGGGAUAGAUGAUCGCAGAUAUUGGAAUCACAUUUCAACCGAAGAGUCAAGGUUCCAUACAGUUGCUUAUCUUCAUCAAAUUUGGUGGCUUGAAGUCGAAGGAGAAAUUGAUUUUCAAUUCCCCGAAGGAACAUAUAGUGUGUACUUCAGACUUCACCUUGGCAGGUCAUCCAAGAAGCUCGGUCGUCGAGUUUGUAAGACCGAGCACAUCCAUGGAUGGGACAUGAAGCCCGUCAAGUUUCAGCUAACAACUUCUGACGGUCAACAUGCUGUAUCCCAUACUCAUUUGGAUAGUCCAGGGCACUGGACCCUCUACCAUGCAGGAAACUUUGUUUCUAAGAGCUCAAAUGAAUUGAUGAAUAUCAAGUUUUCAUUGACUCAAAUAGAUUGCACUCAUACGAAAGGUGGUUUGUGUGUCGACUCUGUGCUUAUAUGCAACAGAAGUGAUGUAAAGAAAGAAGUCUAA